AUGGAUUUAGUUACCAAAGAGACGGUGGAGGAAAAAUUUGUCACGUUCUUGGAACCGCAACGUUCUAAGAAAGAUAUCAUUGAGAAAAAAUGGUGGCAUAUUAAUAAGAAAAUAUUCCGAUUCAAGAUCCAUUUCUUUUUAUUAGGUGCAGGCCUGAGCACGGUGCUUCCUUUCGUGGCUGUCUUCGCCAAAAACUCGCUGCAACUUUCUGCCACAUCUUUUGGCGCAGUGAUGACAUUUCAGCAGUUCUUCUUCGUGCUGACGAAACCAAAGAUCGGAUACAUCACCGACUAUUUCAACAAGCUGAAGCUCGCCAUCUUCCUCCUCGCCGUCAGCCAAGGACUCUUCCUGUUUCUUCUCUUGCUCAUCCCGCCCUUGACCAAAGGAAUGACAGCCAUCAACAACACAUCUAUUGAAGACCUUGAAUAUCUCAGCAAGGACAUGUGCACUUUUUGCUACAACCUAAAUGCCUCAAUGAAACCCGAGAAAAUGUCUUUAAAUUUUGAUGAACUUAUAGAAUCGAAUGUGACUCAUUAUAUCUACUUAUUCCAAGACAGCGAAUGUUAUAUACUAAAUAACAAUUCAACACUGUUUUCUGAAAAUUAUGUGAAAUUGAAAAUUCCUAAGGCGUGUUAUGCAAAUGAACAGAAGAAUUCAUUUGGAAAUACCAGUGACGUGACUUUAGUUCAUAACAAUACAUUUGAGACAAUCCUAUCUCCGUCGUCUAAUCAAUCCCGUUUCAAAUCAUUAAAGUGCAAUUCGUCAAGUUCUUCAUACCCCUGUGCCUUUUUCUUUAACAAAUGUAUCAUUUGUUGCAAUACAGAUAAAGAAUGCUAUUUAAUCUCUAAUAUUCAAGAAAAAACAGAACUAUCAGAAUCAUCCAAGGGUUUUAAAAAUGACUUCCUAACAUAUCAGUUUUGGCUUUUUGUCGGCGUCAACGCAUGCGUGAAUGCCAUCUAUACUCUUUCAGACACUGCGUUAUAUGAGAGUGUGCAGAAACUUAGAGACGAAUUCGGCCAGCAAAAACUCUUCUCCUGUGCUGGAUGGGGUCUAGGAGCAGUGGUUGGAGGCCUUCUUACUGAUUACACAGAGAACUAA